CUGGCUGUUUACCGAACUUCCAAGCAAAAGAACGUUUCAGGUUUCAGCUUUAGAAUCUCGUCGCCUGAACAACAAAUAAAAUUUACGGACCGAAAAUUCCAAAAGAAUUAUUGCAUCAAUAUAUAUAUAAACCGGGUAAUUACUUCUUCGAAUUCUGCGUGAGUCAUGGCUACGACAUCGUUUUUGACGCCGACGCAGAGGUACGCGGCGGGGGCUUUGUUCGGACUCGCUCUUCACCAGGCCCAGAUCCAUCGGACUCACCCUCUGGGUUUUUCGACGUCCGACGAGCAUUCAGAUUUUGAGCGAACCAGUAGUGGUAGCAGUAGCGACUCCGUCUCCGAGGACCCCGAGCUUUGGGUCCACCAAAACUCCGGCCUACUCCGACCCGUAUUCACGUUUUUGGAGAUUAAUCCUAUUGCCUGGUCUGGACUAGAGGAAACUGCUGGGUCUUCUCCAGCUAAGCAUCAUAUUGGAGCGUUCUUGAGGUUACUCUCAGAAGAAAGUGGUGAAACUUCUGAAAGGGCAGACCAAGAAUUUGCUUUGUCUAAAGCUGUUGACGUUACUGUACUUAGUAUGGAAAAAGAUUCCGAAUCUUCCAAGUCUAAGAGGCAAAAGCACCGUGAAUAUGAACAUGAAUGUCGUGAGAGAUAUUCCACUGGUGAAGUGCAAUCAGACUUUGAAGCCGCUGAUGUGCACUUGGUGCAGGAGACGGAUGGUACUAUGUUUGAUGCUAAAGAUGCACAUCAUGGAUUAAUGAGUAAAGUGGAUGCGAAACCAAUUGAAGAGGUAACAAUGAUCGGUUAUCCAAGGAAGGUGACAGUUCUCUAUGUGCUUCUUUCAGCUUGUCUGGCAGAUGCACGUGAAGACAACAAUAAAUGUAGCCGACGAAGAAAGGGCUAUGAUGCUCGACAUCGUGUAGCUUUGCGUUUGCUGGCAACUUGGCUUGAUAUCAAGUGGAUAAAAAUGGAAGUUAUUGAGAUUAUGGUUGCUUCCUCUGCAAUGGCUUUGGCAAAAGAGAAAGAAUCAGGGGGAGGAGGAGAAAAACAAUCUUCAGAAAAGAAAUGGGCUAAAUGGAAGCGUGGUGGUAUCAUUGGUGCAGCUGCAGUAACUGGAGGAGCCUUGAUGGCAAUAACUGGUGGAUUGGCUGCCCCAGCUAUUGCUGCAGGACUUGGUGCUCUAGCCCCAACAUUAGGCACUCUCAUCCCUGUGAUCGGAGCUAGUGGGUUUGCUGCAGCUGCAAGUGCGGCAGGAACUGUUGCUGGUUCAGUUGCAGUUGCUGCAUCAUUUGGAGCUGCUGGAGCUGGACUUACGGGGAGCAAAAUGGCUAGAAGAGUUGGAAGUGUUGAUGAAUUUGAAUUCAAAGCUAUAGGAGAAAACCAUCUUCAAGGAAGGCUGGCAGUUGGGAUCUUGGUCUCCGGAUUUGUUUUCGACGAGGAAGAUUUUGUAAGGCCUUGGGAAGGGCUAAAUGAUAACUUGGAGAGGUAUGCGCUGCAGUGGGAGUCUAAGAAUCUAAUUGCAGUGAGCACUGCUAUUCAGGAUUGGCUUACUUCAAGACUUGCCCUGGAGUUGAUGAAGCAAGGUGCAAUGAUGACUGUUUUAAGCACUCUUUUAACAGCGUUGGCUUGGCCGGCAGUGUUACUUGCAGCUACUGACUUUAUCGAUAGCAAAUGGACCAUUGCUGUGGACAGAUCGGACAAAGCUGGGAAGCUGCUUGCUGAAGUAUUAUUAAGUGGAUUGCAAGGCAACAGGCCAGUGACACUUAUAGGUUACUCACUCGGUGCACGGGCGAUUUUCAAGUGUCUCCAGUGUUUAGCUGAGACUGAACAUGAUGCUGAACUUAUAGAAAGGGUUGUGCUUCUUGGAGCACCCAUAUCAAUUCAAGAUGAGAACUGGGAAGCUGUUAGAAAGAUGGUGGCUGGAAGAUUUGUGAAUGCAUACUCCAAAAAUGAUUGGAUGCUUGGAGUUGCUUUCCGUGCUAGUCUACUUACUCAAGGAUUAGCUGGAAUUCAACCCAUCAAUGUUCCUGGGAUUGAGAAUGUUGACAUAACAGAUCUCAUCGAAGGUCACUCUUCCUAUUUAUGGGCUACACAGCUGGUCCUUGACCAGCUUGAACUGGAUACAUAUUAUCCUGUUUUUGGGACCAUUCUUUGCAAACAAUAGAGGGUUUUCCCCCAAGUUUUGCCCUUGGAGCUGGUAUUGUGAUCGUUCUAUCAUAACUGUUAUUAUUGAUGGAAGUGUUACAAUUGCAGUAUUUGGACGGAUUGCCUCGUCAAGCAUGCUGAUGCACGCCGCUUUGAUUGGAGCUUCUUGGCUGAUUGCUAUUUUGCCUAUUCCUCUCUUUUGUACAUAGACCGAGAAAGUGUAAAAAAAUGUUCAAUGGAAAACUGGUAAAAAUUGUAAAUUAUAUACAUGAUACCAGCUUGGAGACUGGAAAUAUAAUAUAGUUCCCCAUUCAAGUUUA